AUGCUUUCCAUACUGUUGAGACGUCGCUGGUGUUCCUUCUGAAGCCACCAUGAAGCUGAGCAUUGUGAUCUCCAUCUGCGCUCUACUUUACUUCUCUGGUCACACUUUGGCCAGGUCAGACCCGAGGCACUGGGUUGAUUGUGAAGCCCUGGAGGAGAAAUCUCAGAGGAUUAAGACCAAGGGGGGCAUUGAUGACACCUGCGCUCUCGCGUACAACCCUCUCUGUGGGUAUGACGACGUCACCUAUCCAAAUGAAUGCAUGUUCUGCGCUGCCAACCGAGGGGAAAAACGCGUUGUGGCCCGUUAUCGGGGGCGAUGCCAGGAAGGGAGACAGCAGAGGAAGCAGAAGCGUGAACCUUGGACAGAUUUUUGAAUAGUUCCACUGAGAGCCACGCCUCCACUGAGAGCCACGCCUCCACUUGUCCUCACCGAACUGAACCCUGACCCUUACCCUGACCCUAACCCUAACCCUAACCCUAACCCAAACCCUGACCCUGACCCUGACCUGAGAUCAGAGGGAAAUGUCAGUAAAGCAUCUGUAAAGCAUCA